AGUUUCUAAAUAAACAGAGUAUCCACAGAGUUACUACAGUGGGGAGGGAGGCUUUCCAUAAUUGAUUAUGAAUGCAAAUUGUACAGUAACUUAUUUAAGCAGAUGAAAAUUAAUGCUGUGUUUUGUUGUUGGCAUUUAGUAAUGCAAGAAGUGAAGUACUACAGGAAAAGUCUGUUUAACAUUGUUUUUGGGGAUGUGUCUGUUUGCAGAUCUGUGAAUCACAUGUGUGUGGAAAAAUCUCUCGUGUUCAGAACUAAUACUCCUUAUCAUACUGAUACCGUUGCUGUCCCUGGUGGACAUGAUCUGCUGUUCUGUGUGCAGCUGAAUGACUAAUUUUUCUUUCUUUUUUUUUUAACUUUUAGCAAAGCUGAACUAUUUCCAGCAGCCACAGCAUAUCAAAGAAUCUGAUUUUCUGAAGUUCUCGGCGAAGUAUGGCAGACUCUCUUUCUUAGCAGUAUCACAAGUCCAGCCAUCGUUUUCUGCCUUUUACCGGGCUGGUGAUCCAAUCCUAAUCUAUUUUGAUUCAUCAUCUGCACUGAGUGUGCUUAGACAGCCAGUGAAAAUGGGAGUCAGUGGACUCUGUGUUGAUGGAAAUCCUGCUGGCUUCCUGGACAGUAAAAGCACAAGCUGUACUCGGAUUUUCACCAACUUGAGCAAGAGCUGCAUUACUGACCCUGCCCUAGAUGCUGCCUCCUACUACCGUGACUUCGCAGUGCUGAAGGUUCCAAUUGAUGGCACCAUUGUGCAGUCCAUGAAGGUGAAGAUCAUUCCAGUCGCACCACCUAGAGCUCCUCACAUGAAAGACAACACGUGUAACAAUGCUGUUUCUGAGGUGAUCUAUGAAAUAGAAUUCAAUGGCACCCAUGGGAUUCAGAGUGUGUCUGUCCGGUUCAAAGUGACCAACAUCUCUGGGAACUCAGGAGUCUCUCUGCAGCAGCACUUCACUUUGCACUUCUGGACCAGGACUCCAUCUCAUAUGUUGCCUAGACGUGGAAACCCUGGCUUUAUCACUGGAGCACCACUGCUGAUUGCAAACACUGGUGCCAUGCAGCAUAUGAGCAUUUUAAGGAGUGAGGGUGAUGGAAGUUGUUCACAGUUCCUCAGACACACAGUACAAUUUGGAAAAAAUAUGAGGACUGGCUGCAAGCUCAGCCUACCCGAAAUGGAAGAAAGUAACUGCAGUUACAUCCAGAUGAAGUUACAUGAGGCUCUUCAGGGGAUGAAUGCAAUAAAGGACCUUGCUAUAAUUGGCAGUGCUCAUUCAACCCAGGUAGAAGAGUGGACGACCAUUCUGAUUCAGAACUGCAGUGUACAGGCUAUGAACUGCACUUCCUGUUGCAUGGUUCCUGUUACCCUGGAUAUACAGAUACUGUGGACUAAGGUGGGCCUCCUGUCCAACCCUCAAGCUCAAAUACUGAGUGCACGGUACUCUUAUCAGUGUCACCCUCUAAAGUUCCUAAGCGUGAGCCUGGUGCCUUUGACAACUGUUGUUACCUUUGCUGACGUGACGGAGUGGCCAGAACCUCCACGUGGCCAGCCCCAAAUACAGUGGAAACUCCCAUUUGACUUUUUUUUCCCCUUCAAGGUGAUACUGAAUGGGGAAAGAAGCUACAGAGGUGAUCUUGCUGCCUAUUUUUUGAUGAUUCUGAUAUUGUCUAGUAUUCUUUGCUUUUGAUGAGAGUCAAAUAGAAGAGGUUUGUACUUAAAGUUCAGUAAGUGAAUUAACACAUUCAUCUUAUGAUUCAGAUCAUAAUCUUUUCCCCUCAGGUUCUCAUACUGUGUCUACGUUAUGUAUGUGCCUUCUGUUCUUGGAUUAAGCCACAUGACUAGCUUCUGUCCUGUGUCGUCUCACACCCCUGUUCUCCAUACGCACGUUCUGUAAACCUCACUGAAGUGAAAUUCUGGAGGGAUGGGAGUUGUUGAGAGAUGUUGCAGGUAUGAGGAGCAGGAAGGAGGAAGUUAAAAUGAACUUGUUCUCAGAAACCAAGAGUACUUCCUAAAUCAAUCAAUGUGGAGAGAAGAGCGAAGUUCAGUUCAAGCAUUGUGGAGCUACAUUCACUCAUCUUGUUAGAGAAGCACCUGAUUUUUCUAUGUGGAGCUAACAGAACACUUAAAAUAUGUGAUGUCUCCCAGAAGACCAAAGUUGUUAUUUUGUGAGUAGGCAUAUCUGCCAGUCACCUUUGAGCUGUCCUUAUUACGUGACAGCCAUGACUGUGUGACAAUUAUUUUUCUAUGUAUUUUCAAAUAUAGAUAUUCAAUUGAAAUUUUCUUGCCUUAAUCACUGUUUGCAUUAGCAAUAGUGUUAUGUGAAGCAAUGUAAUUUGAAGUAUCGCAUGGACUGAAGUGUAAUUGCAUUUUACAGUUGUUUGUUGAGACAGCUUUCUUUCUGCUCGUGUGUGUUAUGUGAGUGAACAGUUUUUCCUACUUAAGAAACAUUCUCCUGGGGCUCCAGAUUGGAACAGGACUGAUAAUCGUAAAAUCAUUCAGGUUGGAAAAGACCUCUACAAUUGUUGUCUAGUCUAACCUUUAACCUAGUACUGACUAGUCCACCACUAAACCACGCUACUUAGCUCUACAUCUGAUGACAGCCACUGAAGUUCUAGAUGGCACAUCAGAGAGAGCUGUGAACAGUCGUAAAGGACAACAUCAAUUAUUUUAGGAGGAGUUGAUGAGACUAAAGAUCACUGUGAUACCUUACUCACCUGUGUGUGAGUAACAUACUCAUCUGGGACCAGAUUGUAAGUUGCUGUUUUUAAAGUCAAAGGUGAUCAUUUUGAUAUCUAGUCUGACCCACUGAAUCAUGAAAACUAAGGAAAUCUGCUCAAUCAUUCCAUUAAUUUGUUUAACUACUAUAUAUUUUAGCAAAUAAUUUAUUAUUUAUCCUAAAUUCUUCAAAUGGAAAAAUCUGCCACGUCUAAUGUCGAGUAAUCCAGUGGAAUCAAUAAUAGGCCAGAAAACCCAAGAAAUCUGGCCUACCUUUGACAAAAUGAAUUGGUUGCUUUUUUACUUAAUACUGCAUUUAGCAUAACUUUGUUGCUGUUCCUCAUUGUAACUUAAACAAAGCAGUGUAUAAAUAAACUGAACAUUUCUUAUUUAUAAGUCAGGACGUCAAAGAAGAUAACCUGGAUAAAACUAAACAUGACCAGUAUAAAACAUGCAUAUUAGAGAGUAACUUCACGUUUAAUUUUGGAAAAUCAGUUCUGAUUGUUUACAUGUUAUUAGCUUGGACAGAAUUCUGUUCAAGUAACUGCUGCUUCCAUUGCUCCUGAUUCUGAGGCAGGCUACAUAUGUUCUAGUGUUAGAUGGGGCUGGUGAUAGUACCAGUACAGCAAUGAGCUUUUAUUUCAGAUAGAUAUGGUUGAGAGGCCACUUCUAGAAGGUCUUUGCAAAGCUUUUAGCCAAACACAUUUGAAGAGUAGAUCACGUCCUCUCAUGUCCCUAUUAUUUUUCAAUCCAUGAAGUUAAUUUAUGGGUAAGUUAAUUGAAGAAAGAGUCAGUUGGAGAAACUUGCGAGUCAUCAUGCUGCUGUGUCAGGACACAGCUUUAAUGAAAAGAACAUGGUGAAUAUGGCAUUUUUUGUCUGGCUUAUUGCAAUAAUCCAGUUAGGCAAUUACAGGGACUUUUUUUUAUUUAUUUAUUCUACAAGCUGCAAAUACAGUUAAGUGCUGUAAUAAUGUGUCACUUUACUAUUAUAAUUCUUCUUUCAUAUUCCUAGCCUCUAACAUGUCACUUUCUCUAGCGUGUAUUUGCUUCCUCUGAAAUACUCUUGUGACAGAAAAUAGAGCUGGAAAUAGUAUUGUCCAUAACUUGGUCAAGCCUGCUUUAAGGUACUCUCAAUUGUAGAUAUUCCAUACCACAUAGUUGUGGGGGUUAGAGUCCACAAUUUCCUAUGACGUUUAUGUCGGUGUCUACCUUGUCAUGUUUGUAUUUUCCCCUAUUGUCUGAACUUAAAUGCCCUUUACCAAUUGAGUAUCAGGGAGCAGUAUGACAGUGUCACGCAAGGCAACAUUCAUACAAUAAUUAGAAGACUCUUAUGCCAGAUAUGUAGAACAGGGUAUCUUGUUUGGCAUAUUUUUUGUAAAGCCCCAGCUGAAAAGGCUGCAGAAAUCGCUCAGUGUGGGAUGCCGAAGAGGCAUGUAAACAUCCUGUUUCUUUCCACAGGUACUUGACUGGUGUAUUAUAUACUCCAUGU